CAACCGGAUGUCAUCACACAUAUUAUUAACCCAGCUGCCGUUACUCUGGUAGAGAAGCACGUAGCGAGCAACGGUCCAACGGUCCGGUUCACUUCAGCUGACGUCAACAGGUUUACACAGGAGCUGCCCCAGUCAUCUCACCUGACCUGACACUCCAUCAUCACAUCUACUGAUCCACUGAUCUGCAGGCAUGACUAACACAGACUCCGUCAAUGUCCGGGUCCUCUCUCUGAACUGCUGGGGGAUCCGCUACAUCAGCAAACACUGUCCUCAGCGCUAUGCCAUGAUUGGAGAUAUGCUGUGCAAGGAAGAGCAUGAUGUCGUCUUACUGCAAGAGGUGUGGAGUGAGAAAGACUAUCUCGCCUUGAAAAAGAAACUUGCCUGUAGUCACCCUCACUCUCAUUACUUCAAAAGUGGAGUCAUCGGCAGUGGACUGGCUAUUUUCUCCAAACACAGAAUCCAUGAUACAUUUCUUUUUCGCUACUCACUAAAUGGUUAUCCAUACAUGGCUCACCAUGGAGACUGGUUUGGAGGUAAAGCUGUUGGGAUGGCUGUCUUAAGCAUUGGCAGCCUGACUGCCAAAGUCUAUGUGACUCAUCUGCAUGCAGAGUACUGCAGAGACAAGGACCCUUAUCUACCUCACAGAGUGGUUCAGGCCUGGGAGCUGCAGCAGUUCAUUCGUCACACCUCCGCUGGAGCGGAUGUGGUGAUUCUAGGCGGCGACCUCAACAUGCACCCUCAGGACCUCGGCAACAGACUACUGAGGUCUUACACUGGACUACGAGACUCUUAUUUAGAGACGGCUAAAUUUGAUGGAUGUGAGGAUGGUAUGACUCUCAUAGCUGACAACCCUUUUAUCAAUAAAAAGGAGCUUUGUCCCUUUGAGAAGGGAAUUCGAAUCGACUACAUCCUGUUCAAGGGUUCUUCCAAAACGGACAUUUAUUGUGAUUUCAUGUCCACCACCAAAGGCUCCGUCCCUGACCAUCCAUUCCCGUACUCCGACCACGAGGCUCUGACUGCUCGACUUAGGCUGGAGACGCAGACUCCAACUGAAACUGGAAGUGAUGGGCAACGAAAGAAUCAGGACUCUGCUGCAGGGAAGGUGGCUGAGUUGGUCGACAUUGUGACAGAGGCGCGUACUGAAGUCAAAGUGGGCUUGCACUGUGCCGAAAGUAUGCGCUACACGGCAACGCGUACCGGAGUGAUGGGGUUGGCUCUGCUUAUCCUGGAGCUGGCCAUCGCUGCCGUGCCCUGGUUGGCCCUGGGAGCAGAGCAACCUUUCCCUCGUACCUCCUUCUACCUGCUGGCUGCAUUGUGCUUCGCCAUCCUGCUGACCACCUUUCUGCUGUGCAUCUUCUACACCAUGGAGCUGAAAUCUCUUCAGGGGGCUGAAGACCAGAUGAGGCUGGCUCUAGGAAGUCUGCAAGAGAAGCUCAGGGGUUAUCCUUUGGCUCAGCCACACAAUGUCCAGCGGAGGCCCCCAGAGGGUCAUGAGCUCAGAGCCUCUAACCCAGAGGAAUAAUACAGGAGCCAACCGGGUCAAAGUGGGCUCACUGAAAGAAGCCUUUAAAAUGAGCUUUAUGAUGGAUGUUUGAGGAAGUCAUUUAUUCUCUGAAUGUGUUUUAUGCUCUCGAGAUUUAGAUUUGUACUGCAGGAUGAAGGAGUUUCUGAAGGACGUUUCCGAAAGUAGUGCAGGACACAUGCUUUGACCUCUUUUAUACUUUUUAUAUACUCGUCUUUAGCCUUUUUCACCCCUAGAUUUCCCUCGAUGCACCUCAACAAACACGCUACCUGUUACAUGGUAUUAUACUUCAGUGCUACUGCUGUUCUUGAAGGUCAUAAAUGUGACCAUUUGUUUUUCUUAAGCCGUAGGUCCGACUUGCAUUCCAUCCACCAGUAGUUUCAAUGGGACCAGUUGUUUCUCUUUUUAGUUUCAAGCUUUCCUUUUGUGAUUUGGACACAAUCAUAGUGCGUCCAGACUGUUUGCUGAUUUACUUACAAAGAAAGAAAGAAGCGCUGUGGUUUCCACUGCACAGAAGAAACAGACACUCCGAAUGUUGAAGAGUUACGUUUUGGUCAGUAAUAUAUUUUUUUUCUGCAGGACAGAUUGUUGAGAGCUUCCAGUAGCACCUAAAAACAAGGAUCCUCAUGCACCAGUUAAGACUUUACAGUGUAGUAUCCUGUAAAGGGAUAAACUGCAUCUGCAUGUUUCAUGCUCACUGUCUGCACUGGAAAGUGUCUUUAUGUUAGAGACAAUCUACACUCCCCUUUUCCAAUUUGAAGCAGUGGGAAUGCUCUGAAGGAUAUCCUGUUUUUAUACAUAUAUAUAUAUUAUAAUAUGCGUGCUGCUUGUCAGACGGUUCUGGCCUCCACGUCGUCCAUUAAUUCCUGAUAAUGGACACCUCGUCAGGCAUUAUCCCUUACAUAUAUAUACACACAUACUGUAUAUACAUAUAUAUUUUAAAGUUAUAAUAUAUAUAUGUAUGUCUGUAUACUUUUAACUUUGACCUUAUUCAAUCACAUGAAUAACUUUUAAAAAAAACAUGUACUGUAGGAAAUGACAAAUGCUUAAUAUAUCUUUAGUGUGCGGUGCACUUAGUUGACUAACCAGAUAAACCACUUCCUUUUAUGUAAGAUAGGAAAUUACUUACUGAUCCGUAUCACUGUAAAACAGUGUCAUGACUCAGCAAAAGCCUCCCAGUGAUCAUCUUUUUUUUUUUUUUUCUUUCACCUCGAUGUUGGAAAUGUACUUGGUAGUUCUUAUAGGCAUGAUGGGCGAUGUUGAGUAACUAGCAAAAUAGAUUUUUGAAAAGCCAAAAAACUGAGCCCAGUGUUGCCAUCUCUUUUCCAAUUAAAGUAGCUAGCAGCAUUAGCUCCAAAAGUCCCUAAAUCUAGAGAGAAAGUCAGCAACACUGACAUUUCGUCCCUUCAGGCCACUCCUCCACAAUUAUCAUUAUUAGGGCUGUGUAUUGGCAAUAAUCUGGCGAUACGAUACCUAUCAUGAUACACGGGUUACGAUUCAAUAUAUUGCGAUAUUUUUCAAUUUUUGUAUUCAAUUUUACGAAAACUGUCAUAGUAUUAAGAACAAACCGCCAUAUGCAUAAAAUCUGAGUAAAACUUACUUACUUUUUGGAUGCAGUCACAACAGUGGAUCUGCAUUUGCAUAGUACUACUUUGAGAGGGCACAUACACUGAGAGGCUGCAUCUCUUUGCAAAUGAAAUAAAGUAUUCUAUUAACUAUUGACUUUUAAUCUUUUUUUUUAUUAAAUUGAAAUUAAAAAUCGAUACAGUGUUUUUGAGAAUCUAUGCAGUAUCACAAAACAUAAUAUUAGAUUUUUCCGAUAUUUUCUUACACCCCUAAUCGUUAUGAAUGGAGAACAUGACUAUUGUUGGCACAGCUGUCAAGCUAGCAGCUUGUGGAAGACUCCAGUGAUGAGCAAUGAGUGAACGGGCAGAGUGCAGGAAGCAUGUAGGCAGACAGAAUCAUUUUAUUCGGCCCGAAUUAAAUGAUUGAACGGGUUUAUUACAGUCCUGCCACAGAUACCGGAUUUUUUUUUUUUCAUUUCAUUUAUUGAUUGUUGUUGGGAUGUCAAAUUGUUACCAAUCUUACCUUUAAUUUCAUAAAGGUAAAACAGUUUAAAAAAGCUGAUGUUCAUUCCAAUUGAAAACUGUGAUGAGCAUGAUUAUGAAAGCAAUAAUAAAGACUUUAUACUCAC